UUCGGUAAAAAGAAAAGGACCGACAUUCGGAUCACAGAAGUAACUCACUUCGGAACCCUCUGGACCAUGACGUGGCACGUCCACUUUCCUCCUCCGACAACCCGGUGAGCUGUUUCUUCGUCCCCCGUCUUUCCGCCACUUGAAAAUCGCACACGGGAAGAGAGAGAGAAAACCCGAUUCCCUCUAACUGCACCGCAAAUCCCAAAUCCCCAACAUUUGAAAAAAUUCCGCCUCAAUCCCCUCCUCCAUUUCCAUGAGCUUCACGUUCCCUCAGCAACCCUAGAUAGACAAACGACAAAAGCAAUGGCGCGGCGCGAGACGAGCCCUCCGACGAGCUCGCGGUCCGUGACGGAGACCGAGAACGGCUCGCACAAGUUCGUGAUCCAGGGUUACUCCUUGGCCAAGGGCAUGGGGGUGGGGAAGCACAUCGCGAGUGACAAUUUCACGGUAGGAGGCUACCAGUGGGCGAUCUACUUCUACCCCGACGGCAAGAACCCCGAGGACAAUUCCGCCUAUGUGUCCGUCUUCAUCGCGCUUGCCAGCGAGGGCACCGAUGUCAGAGCCUUGUUCGAAUUGACGCUCGUGGACCAGAGCGGCAAAGGCAAGCACAAGGUCCAUAGCCAUUUCGAUCGCUCGCUCGAGAGCGGUCCCUACACGCUCAAGUAUCGCGGCAGCAUGUGGGGAUACAAGCGGUUUUUCAGACGAACUUUGCUUGAAAGCUCAGAUUACCUCAAGGAUGAUUGCUUGAAAAUCAACUGUACUGUUGGAGUCGUGGUUUCAGCAAUUGAUUGUCCACGACUAUACAGAAUUCGGGUCCCAGAAUCUGAUAUUGGAGCACAUUUUGGCAUGCUUCUGGAAAAUAUGGAAGGGUCAGAUGUUACUUUUGAUGUGGAGGGGGAAAAAUUUCAUGGUCAUAAGUUAGUACUGGCUGCUCGGUCCCCCUUAUUUCGAUCUGAAUUUUUCGAUGGGUUAGAGGAAGAUAAGCAGGAGAUUGUUGUAACAGAUCUUGAACCUAAGGUUUUUAAGGCCAUGCUGCAUUUUAUAUACAAAGAUUCCCUUACAGAAGAUGUGGAGUCUGAAUCAUCAAGCUCAUCUUGUCCAUCUCCAGUAUCUGAGACAUUGACAGCAAAGUUGUUAGCAGCAGCAGAUAGGUAUGGUUUGGAGAGGCUCAAAUUGAUGUGUGAGUCUCAUAUCUGCAAGGAUAUAUCAGUGAACUUUGUUGCUGAAAUUCUGGCCUUGGCUGACCGCUGUCAUGCCACAGAAUUAAAAGCUGUUUGCCUGAGAUUUGCCUCUGAAAACCUUGCAGCUGUGAUGAGAUCAGAUGGGUUCCACUACCUGAAAGAAAAUUGCCCGUCACUACAGUCAGAGCUCCUAAAGACAAUUGCCGGUUGUGAGGAGGAUUGCAGCAGCGGAGGGGGGAAAUCUCGGAGUGUCUGGGCCCAACUUUCGGAUGGUGGAGAUACAAAUGGCAGAAGGGUGAGGCAAAGAACCUGAUGCAUGGAUGCCUGAUUGUUGUCUUGUAAAAUGCAGGUGAUAAUGUCACUUAUCAAAAAAAAAAAAAAAUGCAGGUGAUAAUGUCGAAAAAAAAAUUGCAAAAGACACAUUCUGGUGUUAAAAAUGCCUGCAAUCAGUAAAAAUGUUAAAAGGAGGUGGUUUUUUUAGGAUCUGCCAUGUGCUUAACAAAUCCCAUAUUUUUCAAUGUGGAUAUAAAUAAAUGGGUUUGUUUUGGUUAUUUAUUUUUUUCCCCCACCCCCCCUUAAUGUAAAAGAGAAACGUUGCUUUCUUUUCAUAGGGGUGGGAUGAUAGAUUUGUAGGGUGAUAGGCAUGCUUAUAUUUAAUUCACUGAUUUUGUAUAAUGCGUCCAAUAUUCAUUAGGUGAGUGAUGCUAGUGAUUAUGGAUCUAUGAUACGUAUGCCUGCCUAGUCAAGCAGCAGUGUUUGUUAAAUAGUUAUGGUAGUAAUUUGACUCGUGCAAACGGAUUCAUUGGAUAGGAAACUUUCUUUAGAUUUGCUUGUUU